CUCUCUCUCUCUCUCUCUCUCUCUCUCUCUUGCCUGAGAUCCAGUUGGAACUUUUUUAGAUCUGUCUCUUAAUUGAAAACUAGUGUGUUUUCCAAAGAAAAAGAAUGAUCGAUGCUUUUCUUCCGUGAAUCUUGGGAAUUUUCUGGAUCUUAUUUUGAGGUGGGAAUAAUUAAGAAGUGGCUCUCCAGUGAUCUAUACUGUAUUCUUUUGUGAAUUUUUUGAUCCUUGAGCUGUUCUCAACUCGGAGUUCUUGGAUCUUUACCGCCUAAAAAAAAAACUCGGAGUUCUUGGAAUCGUUUGGAGAAUUCUUUUGAUGAAACCGCGAAUCGGUUCCUAUAGCUUGAUCUGUGGCUCCGCGUGAUGAGCCGCUGGCCAAGUAUCUCUGGCAGGCCAGAGAAGUUCUCCGAGCACGUGACCACCACCAGGAAGACGGUUUCCGGCAGCCAACUUGCCGGAGAUCUGAAAAGACAUGGGGCGGAGGGGCGCCGCCGGCGGAAGGUGGUCCGGAUCUCCUUCACCGACGGGGAUGCUACGGAUUCCUCGUCGAGCGACGAGGAAGCAGGCGGAAUAGCCCGGCGGCGUGUGAAGCGGCACGUGCACGAGAUAGGGAUCGAGGUCGUCGCUGCGACUCGGCGGUUACCGCUGCCGAAGCGGCCGGCGAGGGCGCCGGAGGCGAACGAUCGGAAGAGGUUCCGUGGCGUCCGGAGACGCCCAUGGGGCCGCUGGGCGGCGGAGAUCCGCGACCCGACUCGGCGGAAGCGGGUGUGGCUGGGGACCUUCGACACGGCCGAGGAAGCGGCCGCCGUGUAUGACAGCGCCGCCGUCAAGUUAAAAGGAGCCAAAGCCAUCACGAACUUCCCCACUGAACCGGCAGUCGCCGUCACCAACGACGAUUCCUCCUGCCCCUUCCCCUCCCCGACGUCCGUCCGCCGUCCCAGCGGAGACCAGACGCCGUUCGACUUUCUCGACUACGGCGACGUGGACGCCCUCGGCUUCAGCGUGGAGACGCCGUUAUGUUUGACGGACUUCUACUUACCCAGGCGGCCGUGCUGGGAAGCCUAUGAAUUCGGCGACUUCAACGCCGAUGAUUUCUCGCUCGAGGUCGUUACUUUCUAGCACUUCCAAAUACGAUGACGAAAAUACCCUAACCAUACUUGGCUGCAGGUGCCCAUCCUCUGUGGGCAGUAUCGUCUUUUUCUGGUAGCAAUCUUCCCGGCGUUGAGCGUGUAACGGCGAGUUUUUGUUAAAAUGGCGCGGCGGUUGUUUCCUGGCUAUUUAAUCAUAUUAUUUUAUUUUGGUAAGAAAAAUGGUUAAAUUAACGCAAACUUUUUGUAUGUUCGAGUCUCGUGUUCGAUUGUAGGAGGGAAAGAGUUCCUCAAAUUCCACGCCUCGUCGUGGAAAAGCCGGAGAUUUCUCUUUUUCUUAAAAAAAAAUAAUAUUUGCGCUAGUGCGUUCCUAUGUAAGAAAGCUGUACUCUAAUAUAAUAAAAAAUUGUGAAAUGAUCA